AUGAGUUUUUGGGGUAAUCUGCAGAGACAUGAUAAUUCAAAACGGAAUAAGAGUCCUGUUGAGAUGUUUGAACGGAAUAAUGUUAAAGCGGAAUCAUCAAAUGUUCCACGACUGAAUAUGAAUCAUGGAUUUAUCAAAAGUAUUGUGAGGAAUCAAAUUGACAGGGAUGAAUAUGAUAAAUUGGUAUCAGAAAGGAGUGUCGCAGCGUCAUAUCGCCAUCUAGAGAGGUCUAGGAAAACAUGUGAUCCACUGCUGCUGUAUAUACCCCCUCAUCUACGUAGUAUUAAUGUGAAAACCACGAAGAAUGAAGAAAAUUCUAAUGUAAAAAAUGAGAAAGAAAAACUGCGUAAGGAAAUUAGACAGCGUCUAAUGGAACAGAUGGCAAAAGAAGAACAUGAAAGAUUACAAAUGACUGCAGAAACAAUGAUUCCUAGUUCGGUUUUAGUAAAGCGAAAUGCAGACACAAAAAGACAUUCAGAUCCUGCUACUAUUACUGCAACUCCUGUGCGAAAUGAACCGCUCUUCAAGCUUAAUAUUCAUGGUCAAGAUGGUAAUCCAGUUGAGCAAAUUGUACAUGCGAAUGAUAACAGUGCACGCGUGGCUAAAGCUUUAACACGACAGCUUGAACUUACUGAUAAUCAGUGCCGUUUGCUACGAAAUCGAAUUGAAGAAGAAUUGGAAAAACGUUUGGCUAUUUGA